UGUUGUUGCUGUUGGCGCGCAGACAAAUGAAAAUUUUCUGCUGCCGCGCGCUAUGCUCAAGUAUCAGUAUCAGAGCAGCGUUGGCGAUGGCCAUGCGACAACUUCAAUGUCGGCAGCAGCGAUGAACAUCAGCAAUGCUCUUGAUAGCCAGACGAGUUCGUCUAUGGCCUGGCCAGCUAAGAAACGCUCCAUAGCAUCCAAUGCCAGCAGCACGCACACCACAGACUCGGGAUUGGGCAACAAUACGCCAACAAAAACAAAAAUAAUAACAACAACAGCAGCAACAACAAAAGUAAUUGCAACAACAGCAGCAGCAACAGCAGCAGCAGUCAAUGGCUCACACUAUUCCACCGAUAAAAGCGGCUCGUCCGGUUACUACAGCUCCCAUGUGUGCUCCACUUAUUCGCUGGACGAGCAUAUCUAUUGCGAACCGGUCAUAGAUAUCCUAGAAAAUAGCGAGCAAGCAGCAAAGAGCAGCAGCAACAGCAAAUUGGCAGCUUGUGGCAAGCCAACGAAAGUGUUGGCGAUUAGUCAGCGAUUGGACAUGCAAAAUGCCGUUACCCAGGCGGACUCAGCUGCCAAGCAGGCCGCCGCCGUCGAGCAAGUGCAGCUGCAUCUACAGCUACAGCAAGUGGUGCCGCACUAUAGCGACAAGCUGCGCAUUCUGGAGACAAGCAUAGAGAAUUUGGAUAGACAUUUAAAAACAUUUCCCUGCCUAACGCAGCAGCAGCAACACCAAGAGCUGCCGCCGCAGGAGCGCAAGGCGCUUAUGGCAUUGGACAUAAGCGAGAAGCUGCGUUCGUACAAUCAGCUGCCCACCAUUGUGGAGCAGCUGCAGGUGGAGCACUCGGAUGACUCGUUGCUGGACAUUGAUUUGGAUGCAUUUCUGCUGCGGCCCAAGGGGCAGCAGUCCAAUGCGCACGCUGGCAUUGAUAACGCCUGUUUCCUGAGCGAUGAGCAGCUGGAGGAGAACAACUACAAGUGUGCCAAGUAUAUCAAUUCCUGCCCCGAGGUUGCUUAUCGCCUGGAGCCCGCGCACAGCAGCAGCAGCUCGUACGCCAAGCGCUAUGAGGAUCAGCUGCACUUCCAAAGCACACGCGAGCUGCUCGAGGAUGUGCGCGAUAAGAUUCGCCUGCUGACACCCACGCCCACGACGGACAUACCGCCCGAGCUGGACGGCAUGAUACAAACGCUCAAGGAUGAGCUCGAGUCGUAUCUGAAGCGCAUGAAUCAGCACAGCGAGCUGGAGCUGCGCCAGCUCUGCAGCGGCCUGGGACGCCAGCAGCAUGUGCUGCGUCUGCAGAACGCGUUCGAGCGUCGACGCAGCUACGCUGGCGGCGACUAUGAAUCAGUGCGCGAGAUCGCUGGACUCCCUGGACUGCGGCAGCAAGUCCUUUCCAUACGCUGUGCCAGCGAUCCCAAUUUCAAAAUGAAACGCAAAUCGAUUACGGAAAUCUUUCCCACAGCCGAGUGCUAUGUGGAGACCAUGACUAUAUCGCGCAGUGCCACGCCCACCACGCCGUCCACUACGCCCACACCGACACCAACGCCAUCGUCGUACGAGCUGAAAACCACAACCACAACGAUCAGUCAGCUGCAGCGCAAUUUGAGCUUUCAAAAGCCCACACUGUCCACUCAUCACUCGCAGUCCGAUCUGGGCGGCGGCAUUGCCAGCGACAAGGUGGACAAUGUGGCCGAGUGGCAUCGCAAAAAGCCGAGCAUCUGGGAGAUGUACUACGGCACCAAUCGGCUGCAUCAGUCGCUGUUGGGCAAGCAGCGACACGGCGAAUUUGUCAUCGGCAGCACGCAUCCAACGCUUUCCUAUCCAUCAUCGCGACCCGAAUCGGAUUUUACACUUGAUUUGCCGCGCGCCGAGCAGCUGCGUCUGAAAAUGGAAAAGGAGAAGAAGUUUCGCCAAAGAUGUCGCUUCAUUACCACGUUUCUAAGUCUGGUAUUCUUUCUGUUAACCGUUAUGGUUGUCAGUUUGGUUUUAACGCGUGGCAAGCGCAUGUUUGGCAGCAUGAUUUAGCCCUAAACUAAGUUAAUUAACUCUAAGUUAGCCAGAGCAUUAAUUCAAACUCAAAUUACAGUGCCGUAGUAACAAAUAUUAACAAACAAACAAACAAAUAAAUAGAUAGACCGCGAGCAGAACAAAUGGGCGUAUGAAAAUAAAAUGAAAUAAUUUGUAGUCUUAGGCUUAACAUAGUAGUCAGUCAUUCAACACUAAUAUUGUUUUUUUUGUGUCUUUUUGGGGAAUUAUCAACACGUUUUGUUGUGCGCAGUAUUCUUAAUUAAAUUAUUUUUUGUGAUCUUAGCUCUUAAUGUAAUUUUGUGCAUUUUGUAUGUGAAUAGUAUGAAAGAAAGCGAAGACAUUUCAUUUACAUUUCAAAUGCAUGUUAAUUGUAUUGCCUAUAAGUUUUAGUAUAAGUGUGAAUUUGUAAUUUGUGUGCGCGUGUGAGUCAACAAAAAUCAAUAAACAAAUAAAUAAAUCAACAAUUAUG